CAUCUUAGGUUCAUAUAAAAGCACUACAAACCCAAAACCCUAAUUUUUCUUCUGUCAGAUCUUCGCAGCUCAGGCUCGUCUAGAGGUUAUGGCUCCAAAACAGCCACAUACUGGUCUCUUUGUAGGGUUAAACAAAGGUCAUGUUGUGACCAAGAAAGAAUUGCCUCCACGCCCAUCCGUUCGUAAAGGGAAAACUAGCAAAAGGGUCCACUUUGUGAGGAAUGUAAUCAGAGAAGUUGCUGGUUUUGCGCCAUACGAGAAGAGGAUUACUGAGCUUCUGAAAGUCGGAAAGGACAAGCGAGCAUUGAAGGUUGCCAAAAGAAAGUUGGGCACCCACAAGAGGGCAAAGAAGAAGCGUGAGGAGAUGUCUAGUGUUCUCCGCAAGAUGAGGGCCACUGGAGGUGGAGAAAAGAAGAAGUGAGCUGUGGACUUUUGACUUCAUUAUAGUUAGAAGAGUUUGUUUAGCGUAUGUUGUUUUUUCAUUACUGAAGGAACUUAGUUUGAUUUGAAUUAAAAAUGAGAUAUUGGAAGCAAUGCCUUUAAAACAUUUAUUCUGCUGUUGGCAUUUUCUGUUUGUUCAGAGAAAUAUUUAGUUACCUGUUUUCAAUUC